UACUUUAGGUUGUCUUGUUGCUGUUUCAAUAAUGUCUGGACGAGGCAAGCAGGGCGGUAAGGCUCGCGCCAAGGCCAAGACCCGCUCGUCCCGGGCCGGCCUGCAGUUCCCCGUGGGCCGCGUGCACCGGCUGCUGCGCAAGGGCAACUACUCGGAGCGGGUGGGCGCCGGCGCCCCGGUCUACCUGGCGGCCGUGCUGGAGUACCUGACGGCCGAGAUCCUGGAGCUGGCUGGCAACGCGGCCCGCGACAACAAGAAGACGCGCAUCAUCCCGCGCCACCUGCAGCUGGCCAUCCGCAACGACGAGGAGCUCAACAAGCUGCUGGGCCGCGUCACCAUCGCGCAGGGCGGCGUCCUGCCCAACAUCCAGGCGGUGCUGCUGCCCAAGAAGACCGAGAGCCACCACAAGGCCAAGGGGAAAUAAGACCAUGGAGGUGUGGUUUCCUCACAAGUUAGAUCACCCUCAAAAACAGUAUUGUCUGUUUUAUGGGAUGUGAGCACGUAUGACCAAAAGGACCAUGAGGUGCGGUUCUGCCAAGGUUAUUGAGGCGUGCGUAAGACACUUUUGGACUUGUGAUUUGCCAAGGUGAUACUUAAGGUAUGUGGUGUGCUCAUGACGUCCUGACAGAGAUGGGAUAAUUAAACCAAAAAUAAAGAACAAAGAGGAAAGCUCUGCCAACAACUUA